AUGGGGUAUCCUAAGGUGGAUGUAAUCAGCAAGCUUCCUUCAGGCAUAAUAGAAGCCAUCUUAUGUCUACUACCGAUUCAAGAGGCAGCAAGGACAAGUAUCCUCUCUAAGGAAUGGAGAUACCAUUGGACCAAAAUCCCUAAACUUGUGUUUAUUGAGAAUCGGUUUCAAGAAUGGACUGAUGGGCCUGUGCCGUCUGCUGUGGAGCAAUAUCUUAACAAACCAAGUAAAAGGAAAGAUAUGGCCAAGAGGUGUAAACUUUUCUAUGCUAUAUACCAAGUUCUGCUUAUGCACGAGGGUCCAAUACAUGAGUUCACCCUUGAUAUGGAAGUAGACGGCUCGUGUGUUGAGAUUGACCAUUUAUUACAUCAUUUGUCGAAGAAAAAUACUCUCAAGAUAUUAAAACUUGACCUUGAUGCGGGAAUUGACGAGGGGCACAUGUUACCCAUUUCUCUCUUCUCUUUACAGCAUUUAACAAGUUUGUAUCUCCAUGGUUGUGCUCUUUACCAAGAACGUUCAUUCAAUGAAUUCGGUUGCCUUACAACCUUACAUUUGGGAAGUGUAUGGACAUAUGUGAAAACGCUUCUACGUCUUUUAUCCAGCUGUCCAUUACUUAAGAGAUUGACUCUUGAUUGUGAGUGUUCGGUCAUCUUUAGGAGUGGAGAUACCACCAUUGUUGAUCUAUUUAAGUGUUUACCAUUGAUUGAGUAUCUUAAUGUUGUGCUUUUCAUCGUUGAGUGUUUUGCUCCAAAGAGACUUCCGAAAGAGCUCCCAACAGCAUUAGUCCACUUGAAAUACUUGUGUGUGGAUAGUUUAUGCUUUAUGCACAUAUAUGCGUUACCUUUUCUUGCUCUUCUGAUUAGAAGCUCCCCAAAUCUAGAGAAACUUAAGCUAGUGAUGUAUAACGGAGACUGGCUUGACGAAGAUGAUUUGGGCUCUUUUACACUUGAUGAUUAUUCAGAUAUUAUGUUGGAGCAUUUGAAAGAAUUUGAGAUUCGAAAUUUUAGCGACGCAGAGAAUGAGUUGGAUUUUGUGAGGCUUAUAUUAGCCAAGUCACCUGUGCUAAAGAAGGUGACGGUAUCCCCGUAUUAUAAUUUUGAUAAAGAUGAAGAACCACAGAUUUCCGAAAUUCUUUUUUGCUCUCCGUGCGCAUCACCUAUGGUAGAAAUCAUCGUCAGACGUUGAAGUUCAAUUAGUCAUGCCGUUCGUGAUUUUUUUUUUUUUUUUUAAUGUCGAGUUCAGUGAAAUGAACAAAUUUGUUUCAUUCUGAUAUGAGGUUUUGAGAUAGAUGAUCUUAUGCAUCUUGAAUUUGUUAAAA